AUGGUCAGCAGUCUUCAGAGGUACAUCAGUGACCCGAGGUACAGCAGACUUCAGAGUCUGCUGUACCUUGGGCCACUGCAGGUGCAGUUAGCUGGAGCAAGAGAUGGCCGUGGAGUCAGCACUCCAAGCAGUGACAACUGCACUAACCAGUUGUGCUUGCCUGAAGCCGGCUACCUCGUCUCUCGGCUGAACCUGAGCGUGGGCCAGUGCGACGACUUCUACCGCUUCGUGUGCUCAGAUCGCUGGUUCGAGCACGACUCUCGGGAACUGCCGUUCCGCUUCUCCAGCGUGCAGCAUGUCUACGACGCGUUGCAGCGAUAUGCCAAGGACGGGCUGCUCCACCUGAUAAACGACGAGAAACUUAAUGCCUCGUCGGCGUUGGUCAAAACGCUGAUGUUCGUUGACAACUGCACCUCUUCAGAGACCAGAUUGCAGAGUGAGCCGGAACACUUCGAGGCUGUGAUGCGACGUUUCGGGCUGGGCCUCUUUCCGUACACUUCCCGUCCCCUACGGUCCAGCAGCGUCCACUUUGUGCUGGCCACGAUGGCCAGGGAGCUCGGCUUGUUCCCAAUUUUCGCCGUUACAGUGCUGCCUGCCAGCAGAAAGAAGAAAAAGCAUCAUACUAUCCUGCUCAAACAGAGGUUACGCAGAUGGCACGAGGCUGACCUGUUGAGCGCCGAGACAUACCACUGGGUGCUUAAGAAGUCCGCUUCGUUGCUUCCGUCAAUUCAGCACCUGACCGUGCAACAGUACCAGGAUGUGCUGAAGAUCUCAAAGGAACUGCUCAUGAUGGCAGCGUACAGGCCUCCCGUUCCCGAGCACAGCUUCGUUACUGCCUCCGAAUUCGCCAUGUACGAGAAGAUAAACCUGACGUCGUUUCUCGCUACCCUGUUCGAGCAGUCCCACGUGUACACCAAGGAGUCUUUAAUCGCCGUCAACUCGAAGGCCUAUUUCCACCGGCUAUUCACCUACCUUGACACUGGCGUUGACGAGUCGACCGUGCUGAAUUACCUGGGCGUAUACUUGUGGGUUCACCUGUCUCCACUGUUCCCGGACGAACACAGCAGUGCGCCGCACCUGCCCGGGUUGCAGUACGGAAUGCCGGGUGCAUCCAAGCGAUUUCCUCUGUGCCUUCGCUACGCAGAGUCGCUAUGUCCACAAGGAAUGUUCGCGUUACUCACCGUAGCACUGGGGCAGACCAAUUCGUCCGUGGAAUUCGUGAGGCCGCUCGAAUGGUGGAUCGGUGAUUUCAAGGACCUCCUCUUCAGCUAUACCAAGCGGCUAACAUGGCUGGACGGAGAUACGACGCAAGAGAUGUCAACAAAAGUGGAAAGGAUGCGCAUCUCCUUCUUAAUCCCAGCAUCGUUGCUGCAAGAGCCCAACGUCUUCAAGUGGACGUGCGAGAACUAUGACGUGAAGUUUGCCGCACUGCCACCAAUUCUGCAUUUCGUCGAAGCUAAGGCGACUGUCCUACGGGGCCACUGGAACCACGUGCACACAGGCGUCUCUCUAUUGCGUCACAUGCAGAGUUUCGAUUACAAGAUUCGUUACUCGCAUGACACCAACACGCUGAGUGUACCAGCGUCGUACUUCGGAGAACUUCUCAAGGCACCACCAAUUCUCGGAAGAUUUUACGCAGUCAAAAUCCUGCCGGACGCUUUAGAAGAAGUACUAAAGAUCCUGCUUAAGCAAGGAUCCUACUCGCUCAAGAACUACACGGUUAUCUCGUCGUGGACUGAAAACGCCACUUUGCGUUUCAACGCCCUGGAAGACUGCCUCUUGAAGACAUAUAUUGACAGGCUUCUCGCACCUCUUAACUACACGUUUUACAAGAAGAUUACUGCUAAAGCUAAUCCAAAUGACUCCGGAAUAUUUCUGCGAGGCUUCAGUCCAUUUACGGCUGAACAGAUGGCGUUCAUCUUUUACGCUGAGCGGGACAUGAUGUAG